UUCUUGCCAGGACUAUGAGUAUGCAAGUUAUAAUGCUGUUGCAUUUGACAUAUCAAAUCAUUUCUGUGAGAUGGUGGCCGACUAUCACACCGAUACACCUCAUAUUUUGGACUACAGCAAAUAUCCUGGUUUGGAGGAGCGCCAGCGGUUUGUUCGUUUGUACCUGAGUUCUUCAGGCAGUCAACCUACUGAGAAUGAAGUGGAGCAGCUGGUUCAAGACGUUGAGAAAUAUACUCUUGCAAGCCAUCUGUUUUGGGGCUUAUGGGGAAUAAUAUCGGAACAUGUGAAUGAUAUUGACUUUGACUACAUGGAAUAUGCAAGGCAAAGGUUUCAACAGUACUGGAAAACCAAGCCUAAGCUGUUGGGUUCUCUUGGAUCGUCACCAGAUGUUGCAACUGAUGGUAAUUUUACUGUUUAGUUCUUGAGUUCAAUUCACACUUCUGUAGUCCUUUGAUCGCAUUAUAUUACAGGCUAGCAAGUGAAUUUUGUUAUCUGAUAAUGACUUUGUAGGAAAAAGCCCCACGUGUUUUGGGAAAAUCCUCCCUACAAGAGAGUUUUCACCUUCACUAUAUAAGAAAACAAAACUAAGUA